AAGUUCCUGGAAGAGCGUUCUGAUGAGUGAAAAAUGCAACGAAGAAAUCCCUUGGUGAUGUGGUGUUUACCGUGUUUGUUCGUUACUAUGCCACCGAAUCGUACACGCAUCACGUCAAACAGCUCGUGAAAGGAAAAUAGUGUUUCCCGAGGUUUGCUGUUUUGCGAUUAAUUGGCCUACCCCGGCGAGAAAGAGAGCGCACCACCAGCGCCGCCGCAAGUGAGUGAGUGAACGAGAGAAGCAAUAGCGGGAAAAAGUGCGUGCGUGAAAAAGUGACCUGCGUCUGUAUAGGUGUGUGUGUGCGCGAGUGCGCUGAAAGAAAGGGAAAGAUUGUAUAGCGGAUCACGAGUGUCCUUCCGUCGACGAUGGUGAUGAUGAUGAUGAUGCUGAUGAGAAUGAUGUUCCAGCGUUGAUCUGGAGCCUCUUUGUUUGGAAUAGAAGCAAGUGAACAAGCAGCACUACUGCGAUGACUUCGAGAUUGGACCGGUUGUUUAUCCUGCUCGAGUCGGGUUCGGCCGCAGUGACGAGGAAGGCGGCCGCCAAGCAGAUUGGCGAGGUGCAGAAACUACAUCCGCACGAGCUGCACAAUCUGCUCAGCCGUCUGCUGACCUAUCUGCACAGCAAUAGCUGGGAGACGCGCAUCGCUGCCGCCCAGGCCGUCCAAUCGAUUCUGGAGAAUGUACCGCAAUGGGAACCGAAGGGCUGUGCCGAUGUGAAAAAGGAGGAACCGGAAGACGAGGAAGAGGAAGAAGACUGCGAUGAGCAAUCGAACGAUUCUCCGGGCAAAGGUCAAGGGAGGCCUGUGACCGGCCGUUCCCGUACCCACCACAAUCGCCUAUCGUUCGAUGGUUUCGAUCUGAACGCGGUCCUGUUCAAGGGAGCGCGGUUGAUGGGUUCCGAGGGUACGGAGUUUGAUCCACUCGAGGAGAACGAUAUGGUGGACCUACGCGAGAAGCUAGCCCGCCAGCGGGCACUCCUGAACGAGAAGCUUGGCCUGAGCAGUGGCAUCAAUCUGGAGGAAAUCGUCACACUGGACGAUGUGCGAUCGAACAACGGAGCAACCGGUGGUGGCUUCGGUGGUCCCAGAGAUGAAGCAUCGUCACAGGAAAAGCUCGUUCCGGUGCAGGAAAUUUUGCGACUAAACCAACGCCGUUCAACGGUCGUAGGAUCGGAUCCACCAUCCGAUGGUUUGAGCUGUCGAGAGAAGAACCGUGCCCGGAGGAAAGCACGUCAACAACAAGCGUUUCCCAGUCCCAUCUCCUCCGCAGGACUCAGUGGUGGUGGCAUUGGUUCAAAUACACCGGCACCUACGAAUGGUUCAUCCAUGACGGGCCAUGCUGGUGCUGCUGCUGGUACCACCACCACGACAACCCCGGGCAGUGAUGGGGAGCCUGAUCCGAAGCGCAUCAAGACGGACAAAGGCGAACAUGGUAGCGGUCCGGGAGGAGUUGGAUCGAUGCCAGCUACUCCGACAACAGCAGCAGCCGCCAGUGGUGGUUGGAGUGGUGAAGCGGUCCCAGAUCUCACCGGUGCCUGGGUCGAUGCGAUCGAUUGGCCUCUGGAAGCGUUCUGCUCGCGACUCUUUCUCGAUCUCUUCAGUCCCCGCUGGGAGACACGUCACGGAUCGGCUACGGCAUUGCGCGAGCUGCUGAAAACACACUCACAGGGAGCCGGCAAGAGUGUUGGCAUGAGCAAGAGCGAAAUGGAUCUUCAGCAUCAGCUCUGGUUGGAGGAUGCAACACUGCGUUUACUGUGCGUACUGGCGCUCGAUCGUUUUGGGGAUUUCGUUUCGGAUCAGGUCGUAGCGCCGGUUCGGGAAACGUGUGCCCAAGUGCUGGGUACCGUCCUGCGGCAGCUACCCCUGGCAAAGGUACGGCAAUCGGUCGACAUUCUGUUGACAUUCGUGAAGCAGAAAGAGUGGGAAGUGCGCCACGGUGGGCUGCUCGGCAUCAAGUACAUGCUGGUAGUGCGCGAAGACCUCGUCCAGGCGUUUCUGCCCGUCAUCAUCAACGAUGUGCUGACGGGGCUGUUUGAUGCGGUCGAUGAUGUUGGUGCGGUCGCGGCCGCUACCCUCAUCCCCAUCGCUAGCUGGCUACCGAAGCUGCUGAGCCACUCGCAAGUAUCGCACAUCGUGAAGCUGCUGUGGGAUCUGCUACUCGAUCAAGAUGAGCUAGCGUCGGCUUGUAACAGCUUCAUGGGAUUGCUGGCUUCCAUUCUGAGCCUACCUGCUGCUUCCAGUUGGAUCCAGAUGGAACCGAUGUCCAUACUGGUGCCCCGUUUGUGGCCUUUUCUUAGCCACUGUACAUCCUCCGUGCGCCGCUCGACACUUCAAACACUCAGAACGCUCACCACCAACACGACCACCAUCGCUAGCUGGAACGGAAACGGUGGCACCAAUGGUCGCAGCAAGGAAAACAAGACCGAAGAGGAAGACGAACGGUUAGCGAAUGGCACAGAGACCCCGACAGACGACAGCAUUUUGAAGCUCUCGCAUACGGAU